AUGCUUUGCAAGCAUUUCUCCUUCGUGGCGGCAGUAGCAAGCUGGGCUAUCCAGCCCGUUGUGGGUUAUGUGCCACACCAGCCAAGAGACCAAGAGGCAACAUGCAAGAAGACGACGGUGGCUAUUUUGGGAGGUGGAAUGGCUGGUAUCUCCGCCGCACAAGCAUUGUCCAAUGCUUCGGUCCAUGACUUUACGAUCCUCGAGUAUCGAGAUAAUAUAGGUGGUCGGGCCUGGCACAAGCCCUUUGGGAAGGAUGCUAAUGGCAAACCCUAUACGAUUGAGAUGGGUGCAAACUGGGUGCAAGGUCUUGGGAAUCCAGGCGGGCCUCAAAAUCCUAUCUGGACUUUGGCCCAGAAGUACCAUCUGAAAACCCACUACUCUAAUUAUGACAACGUCUCCACCUACAAUAAGAAUGGCCACUCGGAUUACAGCCAUCUGCUUGAUGACUACGAUGAGGCCUAUGAUAUUGCUAACAAGAAGGCUGGUGAGAUUCUCCGUAAGAAUCUCCAGGACCAAACCGCCCAGACAGGGUUAGCGUUGGCGGGCUGGAAUCCCAAGAAGCACGACAUGGAGGCACAGGCCGUGGACUGGUGGAAAUGGGACUUCGAAGACAGCUUCACUUCUCUGGAAAGCUCUCUGGUUUAUGGCUGUGCUGGCGACAACCUCACGUCCAAUUUCUUCAGCGAUCAUGAUAACUUCGUGAUUGAUCCGCGUGGGUUCAACACAAUCAUCAAGGGAAUGGCAUCGACUUUCCUGCGCAAAAAUGACCCGCGGCUGCAUGUGAACACCCAGAUCACCGAUAUUUCGUACUCGAAAGAUGGAGUGACAAUCCACAGCAAAGAUGGCAGCUGUGUUACUGCAGCAUAUGCCAUAUGCACUUUUUCCCUGGGGGUUCUACAGAACGACGCUGUAAAAUUCACCCCAGAUCUGCCUGAGUGGAAGAAAACCGCGAUCCGGAAAUUUACAAUGGGGACCUAUACCAAGAUCUUCAUGCAGUUCAACGAGACCUUCUGGCCAACGGACACCCAAUACUUCCUCUACGCCGACCCGACAACUCGCGGCUGGUAUCCCUUAUUCCAGUCACUAUCAAUGCCCGCAUUUCUACCAGGCUCCAAUAUCCUAUUCGUAACCGUGACCAACGAAAUGGCCUGGCGCGCGGAACGCCAAUCCGACGAGCAAACCAAAAAAGAAGUCAUGGAAGUCCUGCGCAAGAUGUUCCCCGACAAGAAGAUCCCUGAACCCACGGCUUUCAUGUAUCCACGCUGGAGCACCGAGCCCUGGUCCUACGGUAGCUACUCGAACUGGCCACCCUCAACGACACUCGAGAUGCAUGAGAACCUGCGCGCGAACACAGACCGGCUCUGGUUUGCCGGCGAAGCCACCAGCCCGACGUUCUUUGGGUUCUUGCAUGGUGCUUGGUUUGAGGGCAGGGAUGCGGGCAGACAGAUCUCUGCGAUUAUGCAGAAGCGAUGCGUUAAUGCUAAUAGCUCGAUGCUGCGGGAGUGUGGACCGAGGAAGCAUUAUGAGACUUUGCAUGGGACUUCGCCUUUUGCGGACUAUACGGCUGUCAAUGGGUGGACUGUGAGCAGUUUCUAUGAUAACAAUAGCGACUAG